GUCCGGGUUUCUGAAGAGUCCGUUGACGCUGGUCAGUGGGGCCGAACCGACCCUCUCCGUCCCCGGCUUGCAUCCUCCCGUCCCGCCGACAGGGGGUGCUGUCAUCUCCGCCACCAGCAUUACGUGCCCGCCACAGAGACUAAUCUCCUCCAACCACAAGAAAGGCAGCGUGCCAGUGUGGUGACAUGAAGAAAGACACCAGGGAAACUGGAUGUCAGACGGAUCUCUUUGUAGGGGAAAUGACUGCAGCUACACUAUCCAAAGGACCACUUGUCAACAGAAACAGUACAGCCCGCAUCAGAAACACAGCACACAUCACCACGACCACGCCGAUUCAGAACUUGAGAGUGUGACUGGAGGAAGAGCUGCUGUGUCUGAAAAUGUCCACGCUCCAAGCACUGAGAGCUUCCGUCAACCAGCGGCUGACCAUGGCCGCUGAGGAGAUCUUUGAGCUGUUUGAAAGGACGAUGGCGGCGCACAAGGAGGAACUUUGUCGACAAUUCAAACUAUCAGAUGGUGCUUUUAAACCUGAGCACCAGCUUCACAGAGCAGAUGUCCAGCAGCUGUUGGUGAGUACAGAAGCAGAACUGCCUGGGCAGCAGGAGUGGAGUCUCAGUCUGGCCCAGAAGGACCCAGCAGAGCCACCACACAUUAAAGAAGAACGCGAACUCCCGACCAGUCAAGAGGAAGAGCAACUUCACGGGCUGGAGGAGACUGGUAUGGCUUUAACUCCUGUGAAGAGUGAAGUAGCCGAUGAAGGGAAACCUCAGUCAACAGAAUCUUACCAAAGACUAACUGAAGAGAUUCAGUCAAAAGCUGAUGCAGAGGACUGUGGAGCAUCAGAACCAGCCAGGAAUUCAGAUCCUAAUGGACAUUUGCAGUCAGACACAGAUGACGAAUCUUCAGACUUUUCUGGACACGGGACUGAUGACAGUAGUGAUUGGGAGGAGCAACCGGAAAAGUCGACCCCUGGCACUGAGGACAGACAACAUGACAAGAGACAUACAGAACAUUUGAAAGCAUCGCAAUCGGACCCUGAGACUGAUGACAGUUGUGACUGGGAAGAGAGCGGGUCUCCCCCGACAAGUGCCAGGCAAGUGCCUGUACGUGAUAUGCAAUGUAACUCUGGAAAACACUUAGGCAGCUCCUCUGAAGUCCAACCUGGAGGGAAAUCAUUUAGCUGCUCGGUUUGUGGCAAGCAAUACCAGUGGAAGACCUCGUUAAUGGUUCAUAUGAGACUUCACUCUGAAGGCAAACGUUUCAGAUGCUCAGUGUGUGACAAAGGUUUUCAGUUUAGCGUUCAGAUUGUGAGGCACAUGAAGACACACGCUGUGGAGCAAGUCUUUAAUUGUUCCGCCUGUGGAUUCGUACAAACCACAACGUCAGCUGUGGCCUCGCGCUCCAAGCGUUCGGCAUGCCCGAUAUGUAAAGUGCCAGUGAAAGGCACAUGAGAACAAUAUCACACCACAGUCACCACACAGGAUGAAUGAUACUCUUUCAAUUUGAUAGUGAUAACAAUAAGGUCCAUAAUAGUCUUUCAACUGCAAUGCUAAUUUAGCAUUAGUGACAACGGUAGUGUUGGCAUCACGGAUCAAGGCCGUUAACUGACAAAAAUCUAAAGAGGAACAUUUUUUCCAUGCAUUAUAUUUGAAUAAGUCACAUUGGAACAUUUUUUUUGGGUGUGACCACAAACACAUCAUUAGCAUCACAGUAGAACAGUCUAAACGGGCUAUUAAAGUGAAUAUCAGCUGAAGGCCGACACAUUUUCACCUCUGUACCUCUGAUUCAAGCUGAUUAUUUGAAGACAGGUGUGUCUGUGGGCAUCUGUUGUCUUUUCAAGCAAUGUUUUUUUAUUUUAUUUUUUAAGUAAGAUGGCGUUUUUGUAGUACUUUCUGACCCUUGCAAACAAUGAUGUUGUUUUGAUGCUUCUUUACAUUAAAAUGUCUAAAAACAGUU